GAACAGAAAAUAUAAGAGCUGAAAAGUUCGGCGAAUCUUCCUAUUGAUCACACCAGGUUGGCCGGAAAUGAGUAUGAAUAAUGCUUCCUGUAAGUACACAUGAAUGAUGAAAAUCCGGAAAGUCCUCGGGUACUCGACCUCGAAGAGCUAUAUGACUCGCAAAUGUCUUCCUCAUCGUUCACAUGCACCACCUCGCAGCGUCCGCUACCUCCCUCCUUCGCCCACUCUUUAGUCUCACAUCAUGGAUGAGCCUAUUGAGCAGUCCGUCAAACAAGUGAGUCCAAAUACCUGGCUGAUUGGCAGUCUUGUGCUUCAUCGUUCAACUUGCGGUUCUUGUCUCGCCACUUGGAGCGACGACGGCGAGAGAAGCUUCGCACUCACGGAAGCGCCUGUACCGCCACCAUUAACCACUUCACUACCGCCAGAUAAUCCACAUAUUCAGCUUGUGUACAGUGCUGGCGUCAGUUCCGCAGUCUGGUCAGUAGGAAAAAAAGCAUUCUGCAAAGUCAAGUCGAUCGUUUCGGGAACAACGCCGGAAGCCGCCACAAUAGAUUUUGUACGGAAAAAACAGCCAGACUUUGCAAUGCCAGAGGUUCUUUACCAUACUGAAUAUCACGGCCGAUCCUAUCUUUUCCUUAGCAGAGUGCCAGGUCGGACACUGGCAGAUGCCUGGCCUACUUUGAACGAGGCUUGGCGUCAGUAUUAUGUAACCGCUGUGACAGAAAUCUGCAAAGAAAUGCAGGAAUGGACAGCGGACAGACUAAGCGGUGUAGACGGCAGAAAUAUACCUGAGCAGUACCUUGUGAAGAGUAGGACGGCUAAAGACUACAGCCCAGGUAGUCUUGAGAAAGGUUGUAGAGCAAUGGCGAUGGACUGCUCAAGCUUCGUCUUUUAUCAUGCUGAUCUCGGUCCGGGGAACAUUAUUGUAGAGAACGAUCCUAAUUCAGGCACAGUCGGGAUUGUUGAUUGGGAGACUGCCGGGUACUUUCCUCGAGGAUGGAUCAGGACGAAGUUUCGAAUCUGUAGUGGGAUGGACCUUUCUUCUUCAACCGACAACCCAGUCCGGUGGAGAUCAGAAGUUCAAAGGUCGCUUGGGGCCAACGGUUUUGAGGAUUAUUCAAGCGCUUGGCAAUUAUGGUGGCAAUCAACAGAGUUUACGGGUUCGAUGAAUGUAGUGGCCGCCAUGGUCGAAAAUUUGGAGUGAAGAGGAAAAUGAAAUCCCAAGGUCAAGGCUUGGUCGAGUAUAUGUAGGUCCGUCCUUCUCUGUAGUCGGCCUGCCAUCCAAACGACUAGGCAGCAGCUUCUACACGGUCUUGGCGAUGAGUGGAUGACCUAUAACGGCUAUGAUCUCCGUCUUAAUGCACGCGCAUGCAUGGUCUCCGGUAAGACUUGAUUGACGAGGCGGAAUGGGAAACUCCAUAGCGGGUUUACAGGCAAAGGUAAGAAACUGGACUUACUUCAAUAACAGGAGAGCACAAUUUCAGGGCUGUCGGAACUAUC